UAUUCAAUGCUCAUUUAUAAUCGGCAUGUUCGCCUAUCAAGUACUGAUUCUUCCUUACCUGCUGCUGGCUUUUGAUCUUACCAAUGCUCAAUGUCAACAGAGCUCCGUUAGCGUUUCAUGUACUGCGCCCUACGUGCUCCAAAAUGGGGCUUGUGUGCUCCCAGCGGUUGGUUCGAGUGCUUUAAUUAGUAUUUAUGCGAUGCCAACUUCACCAUGCUCGUCUCAGACUGUUCUUCCCUCUACAUCUGUGCAAUCUUCGCCUACACCCUGUCCUAAUCAGCCUGUAGCACCCUGCCCAACAGUUCCAGGUCAGCCUCUGCCUUGCCCAACUCAGCCUAGUGUUCCAGCUCAGCCUCUUCCGUGUCCGAAUCAACCGGUGGCACCCUCUCCGGCUAUUCCUGUACAACCUCAACCUCUCCCAUGUCCGAAUCAACCUGUGGCACCCUACCCAAUCGUUCCAGCUCAACCUCAACCUAUCCCUUCUCCGAAUCAGCCUGUAGCACCCUGCCCAACAGUUCCAGGCCAGACUCUGCCUUGCCCAGCUCAGCCUAGUGUUCCAGCUCAGCCUCUUCCGUGUCCGAAUCAACCGGUGGCACCCUCUCCGGCUAUUCCUGUACAAACUCAACCUCUCCCAUGUCCGAAUCAACCUGUUACACCCUAUCCAAUCGUUGUGCUUCCUCUUACUGCUGCACCUACUACAACAACCACAUCAACAACAACCACAUCAACAACAACCACAACAACGACAACGACAACCAAAAGACCAACCACCCAGCCGCCUCCUGCUCCAUUGCGCCAAUGCCCAAAGGGCACAGUGCUCAUCAAAGACUCAUGCCAUUUGGUUUAUUGUGGUAAGGGAGUAUAUAACGAUGAUCAUUGUGUGGAGCCGCGAUGCCCUAAGGGUACCUAUUGGUCGGGUCUGAAAUGCGUUUAUCCCCAGCCUGUGGAAGUGGCACCGAUUCACCUCGAACGAAAAAUCAUCCAGGAAAACAAGGGCAAACCCGACAUUGUUCUCAACAAUGUGCAGCAUCUGGCAGUUAAUGCUUCGCUGACUCUGCCAACGGAUUAUAGGGAUUAUGUAGAGGAAUCUGAAGAGGCGGAGACUGUACCACCGAUUUUACCUACAUCUAAGCCACCGACCAAAUGCUGUACAGUUCUUGCACCGCGCACUUGUCAACGCUCAUCGAAGACCAAUCGCUGGCAGUGCUUCAAUCCCAAAGAGCAAAUAUGUGGGGACAUAUGCAGCGCCAAAAAAAUGGCUUUAAAGCCAGCCAGAGCUUUAAGCUGGAACGAGAACAAUAUCCAAAUGCUUACCAUGCCGCCCAACUUCAACUCCGAUUGCCAGCUGCACGGCAGUUGUCCGCGAAUAUCAAAUCGUUAUGACUGUAGCGGCUGUGCCUCGGGCCGCAUGACAUCCUGCUCGUCGUACUGCUACAACUACCACUGCCGUAGUCCCACGUGUGCCUACUACGAUCAGCAGGAGUUCUGCGAUUCUCCACAAUCCGCCGGAUCCGUGGGCUGCCGCUGGGAAUAUGGAUGGCGUCGUUAAUUAGAUUCAUGGAUAUAUGUAUAUUUAUAUCACAUU